AUGAUGGAAGACAUUAAGAUACAACCUAAUUGUUCUCAGGAAGAAAAUUUUGGUUCGAGCUCAGGCUUUGGGGUAAUUGUACUGGAUGGUACCAAGAGUAUUGAAGAUGCUGAGAAGAAAGUGAUAGCAGGAGAAGCAACCUUUAAAGACGACGAAGACAUUCCAGAGGACCUCUUAGAUAUUCCAAAAAUUGUACGUGAAACAGUUCCCUUGGAAGAUGAUCCUACCAUCCUGGUAGUAACGUUCAGAUACUUUUUACUCUCAAUUAUUUUCGUUAUUCCAGGAGCAUUCUUAGACACGAUGAAUUCAUAUCGUACGACGUCAGCAGCAUACUCUAUACUCUUUGUUCAAAUCGCAUCCCACGGAUGUGGUAAAUUUUUGGCUGAAGUAUUACCUCGAAGAGUAUUCAAGUUGCCUGGAGGUUAUAAGUUUUCUUUCAAUCCGGGUCCUUGGUCAAUAAAAGAAGCAGCUUUGAUAACCAUAACAGCAAAUAGCGGAGCUAAUGUCUCUUCUGGGAUAAGUGCUUUAUCUUUGGCAGAAAUUUACUAUGGAGAUAGAGUCAACUGGGCCGUCUCAAUUUUCUUUAUGUGGGCAGUAGCAUUUUCUGGUUAUUCUUUCGCUGCUCUUCCAAGAAACCUUUUAUUAUUUGAUCCAAACUAUGUCUGGCCGGAAGCUCUAAUGCAAGCAAACCUUUUCCAAUCUCAAUCCAAGUCUGAUCAAGACUCAGCAGUGGCCUCAAGACAGAUGAAAGUAUUCUUUGCUGUAUUAAUUGGUCUAACUAUAUGGCAAUUUCUCCCAGAGUACGUAUUUCCAUUUUUGCUGUCAUUAGCUUUCCUUUGUUGGGUUGCACCGAAUAAUGCAACUGCAAAUUUCAUUAGUUCAGGUCUAGGUGGGAUGGGAUUCUUGAACUUAACGUUAGAUUGGUCAAACAUCACAUCACUGAUUAUGUUAUACCCUUACUUUAUUCAAGUAAUUCAGUUUGUUGCGUUUGUUUUAGUUGCAUGGAUUUUGAUUCCAGCGGUGAAGUGGGGUAACCUUGACUCUUUCAAAUAUGGUUUGAUGUCAAAUGGUAUGUUUAAAGCAAAUGGUUCGACUUAUCCAACUUCUCAUUUGUUGACUUCGAAUUUAACCUUGAACACAACAGCUUACGAAGAAUUAGGACCAGUGUAUAUAGGUGCGCAGAGAGCGUGGCACAUGUUUCUCGACUACGCUUCAUAUGUAAGUGGAAUCAUCUGGCUCAUAGUGUUUGGUAGAAAGCAGAUGAAAGCUUCGUUUCAAAAGUUCAUGAACAGUUAUAAUUCACAGUCAAAGAAAGCAGGCUCGAUAAAUCUUCAAUACAGUGAUAGAAUCAACCAGAUGCAAGCACAAUACGAACAAGUUCCUCUUUGGUGGUAUUUAGUACUCUUUGCAGUAACGUUCAUUGUGUUAAUUACGAUAUUUGCAACUGGUAGUCUCUUCAUUCCAUGGUGGACAUAUCUUGUAGCUCUUGGAUUUGGAUUUAUCAUAGUGGUACCAUUGUGUUGGUUAUAUGCAUUGACUAAUUUUGAAUUGUUGGUGGGUUCUUUCAAUGAAUUAUUAUACGGGUACAUGGUACAGAACAUGGAAUCUCGACAUCCCGCUGGAGCAGCAAUGUACGGAUCGCUUGCCGGAGAUAUAUUCUUUCGAGCCCGAUAUAUGCUCCAAGACCAAAAAAUUGGCCAUUAUAUGCAAUUACCACCCAAGGCAGUUUUCUUUUCUCAGCUUUUUGGUGAGCUUAUGGGUGUUCCAAUCAACUAUGUGACUAUGAGAUGGAUCUUAAGUACAAAAAUGGAAUAUUUAGAUGGAACGAAGACAGACCCUGGACACCAGUGGACAGGCCAAAGUAUUCAAAUCUACCAAACCAACGCUGUUCAGUAUGUUAUUUUGGGACCAAAGAGAACAUUCGACCAAUAUCCAAUAUUACCAUAUGGGUUCCUUGUAGGGUUUGCAGCUCCAAUAAUACUUGGCAUCUUGUACAAAAUUUCCAAGGGAACAAGAUUUCGUAAAUUGAGAUUUGACUUAUGGAAUAGCACGGUCUUCUUUUCCACAGCUUCAACAUUUUAUGGGAACAUCUCUACCGGCUACUUCUCACAAUUUAUUGGUGGAACUGUAGUUAUGUUUUGGGCUUACCGUUAUAAGCAUGCCUUAUGGAGACGCUACAACUAUAUCUUGGCAGCCGCCUUAGACACAGGCUAUAACUUAACUGUGUUAUUAAUAUUUUUAUUUUUCUCUGCUGGUAAGACUGUUGACAUGCCCAAUUGGUGGGGUAACAACGCAAAGUCCGUUGAGCGAUGUUUUGCAAUGGAGGACAAUUAA